AGCAAUGCGCGUUCAUCGUGCUCAGUUAGAUGAGGUGCACACGCACACGCCGAGUCUGCUUGUGAAGGGAGAGGAAAGAGGAGAGAGGAGAAGAACGAAGCGUAGAACCAACUUGAAGCCUUCCAUGCGAUAGUCCUCUUCACAGAGUGAAGGUGGAGGUGGAUGGAGUUGGUACAUUUCACAAUGGAUGGCUGAGAAACUGUCCUGAACAAUGGUUUCCCGGAACAAGUUUAUUUUUUUGCUGGUGGUGGCAGCAUUAUUGGCUAUUUUGAGUCUCAGUCUACAAUUCUUACACUUGAUCCCAUCAACACCACUUAAAGAUGAGAGACAGAGUUCCAAGUCAAGAAAACGGAUAAUCCCCAUCCUGUACACAGAGCCACCAGGAAUCAAUCCAAUUUAUGAAGCUUACGCAUACUGCAACAUCCCCAAUAAGACAGAACAUGGUGUGGAAGGUCACAGCCCUCCAGAUUUUAAAUUGUUAUCAGUGCAAGUGGUUAUCAGACAUGGAGACAGAUAUCCACUUUAUUCUAUCCCUAAAACAAACAGGCCAGCUAUCGAUUGUUCAUUAAUUCCAAGCAGGAACCCUUCUCACCCUCAGCUUGCAACAUUCAUAAAGCACAUGUCCAAGCCGACAAAAGUGAACAUGGAUAAUGUGCUGAGCAGUCUACCUCGCUUUCCUAGUCACUUUGUUUGUGAAAUGGGUGAACUCACACAGACAGGGAUUGUGCAACAUCUGCAGAAUGGGCAGCGUCUGCGACACACUUACAUAGAAAAACACAAACUAAUACCAGACAACUGGAAUAAGCAACAUCUAUAUGUAGAAUCGACUGGCAAGAGUCGCACACUGCAGAGUGGCUUAGCUCUGCUCUUUGGCUUGUUGCCUGAAUUUGACUGGCAGAAAGUUCACUUUAGGCAUCAGUGGAGUACCAUUUUCUGUGCAAGUAACUGCGAUUGUCCAAUGAGGAACCACUACCUAGAGGAAGAACAGAGACGCCAAUACAACUUCCGCAUCAAGAACAACCUCCUUGAACAAACCUAUGUAGACAUGGCCAGAAUUAUAGGCAUUCCAACAAGGCAGCUCCGAGCUGCUAAUCCCAUAGACUCUUUGUUAUGCCACUUUUGCCACAAUAUCACUUUCCCCUGCACUCAGGCUGGCUGCAUCGGCUUGGAGCACUUUACGGUUAUCAAAAGCCACCAGCUGGAUGAUGAAAAGGAUCGACAAGAGAAGAUGGUUUACUACAAAUAUUCCUUGUUGGCUAUCCACCCUCUUUUGAAUCAGACGGUCACUCGCAUGCAGAAAUUUGCAGAAAAUCAAAACAAUGAAGUCUUUGCCCUCUACUCUGCUCAUGAUGUAACAAUAGCCCCCUUGUUAAAUGCUCUGGGUUUGCCUGAGGCUCGAUUUCCUAGGUUUGCUGCGCGGAUUGUCUUUGAGCUCUGGAGAGGUCCCAGGGACAAGAAAAGACUUUAUAUUCGUAUUCUUUAUAAUGGGGAUGAUGUCACAUUCCACACUACUUUUUGUCGGAAACACAACAGGCAUUCUGGUCAACCUCUCUGUCCUUUACAGAACUUUGUAAACUUUGUUAAGAAGGACAUGUUUGCCAUUUUUAACAGCACUAAUUAUUAUGAUGCUUGCCAUAGGCGAGUGUUUUAAUAUACAGAUUAAACAUUCCAUUCUUUUAUGAAUGACUGCUGGGAUUUCAAAAUGUGGUAUUUAAAAUACUUCUCCUACUUUAACACUUAAAAGUUUUGGUGUAAACAUAUUACCAUGCCAUAUAGUUAUUAAUGUUACUUUUAG